GGAAUGGUACACUCAUUUUGAACUUUCAAAAAUGAAGCUUAGCUUUUUCAGGUUUUGUUUUGGCUUUCGAAAACUGGCUAAUCGACGACAUGAAGCUUCGCUUGCGUCUACCCUCACCAGCAAGCGGCACAAGAAUAAUUCUGUUGGACAGCUCUUCAGAGACUCUGAAGGGCCUGAAGGAGCGUGUGAAUGAAGAGCUUGGUAGCAUUUCCAAUGUACCACUGUCACCUUCACAAUUCUGUUUAUCACUGAACGGCAAGGAGCCAUUACCAUCGUCACCUGAUGAUGACACUACUCCACUCUCCAGCCUUGGCAUUGUGCAUGGUGAUUUGAUUCGCUUGAUUCCGCGCACAUCACUACCAGCAGCUGCAGCAGCAGCACAUACACAGCAGGAGCGACGAGAAGAGCGACAGCAUGUCCAACCGGAAAAUACAGUGCACAGUGGUGCUUAUGCUACAGCAGCAUCAGCGCCAGUCGCGGCUUCAUAUCUAACGGAGAGCUCUGCGGUGAUGCUGGUGCAACUUGUUGACAUGGGAUUUGAUGAGCAACGAGCAAGUGUUGCCCUCUCUGCUAGCGGUAACGACUUUGACCAAGCAUUGGACAUUUUGAGUGAAGAUGUCAGUCACCUAGCUAAACAAACAGGAGCAGAAGCAUCUAUGGAUAUACCCCGCCGCGUCUCUUAUGCACCGACUACCGUCAAUCAGCCCAAACAGGACACAGCUGCAGCCACUAACUUUGCUUGUUCAGCGAAUUACACAACAGAAGCUACGGGUGUGUCUCCAUCUGGAUUGGAGCGUCUCUCUUCUCUGUACGACUCUGCCGGAGUUACCUCCUCCCAUCAUGCUAUGACAGUUUUGCUUCAUUGGAUUAUUGGAGAGAUGGGCUGGAAGUCAGACAACGACUUUAGCUCAUUCAAGAACAUCCCAGACAAGCUAGGUUGGUGGCAGAUGCCAUCAUCAGCACACAACAAGUAUGAGCUCGGAGAUCUAGGUUGCCUGAUGACCUAUGUUUGGAUUCCCAGGACGCCUUAUGGCGCAGUUCACUUCAACAGCUACCGCUGCCAGCCUAGGAAAGUGGAUGUGCUUGACGUAUAUGAAUGCAACUUUGUGGACUACUCGAUUCCUUUUUCCGCAGGAGCCAGAGCUGUGUACAGCAAUGCAGACAGUGCUGCUCGACAGCAGCUUGUCGAGUUGAUCAAGCAAGCCUUCCAGCAGGUGAAGUUGAUCAAGCAAGCCUUCCAGCAGGAGAAGUUGCCAGAGGCGGAAAAGUGUACCGUAUUUUGCCCAUUACGCGCCCGCGCUUCCUAUACUAUUGUGCCUCAGGAUUGUGUUGAAUGGAGGACGUCCCCAGAUGCUGCUCUCCGUCGCCUCGCCUCGCUCUACAGCAGGUCUAGCAUUCAGACUCGCCAGCAUGCUCUUCAUCUGCUUCUUCACUGGAUCAUGAAAGAAAUGGAGGAAACCCCUGGCUUUUGUCCACUGGCUGCUGCCGACCAGGAAUAUAAGGCUUUGAGCAAGGCGAUACUGAAUGAGCGGUUCCGAUAUCGGCAUGGCGAAAUCACAGCAGCGUUUAUGACGAUGCCUCGAUCCUCAUGCGGAAUACUGAGCGUCUCCGUGGUCGCUGAUGGCAUAAGACGAACCUACUCAACUGCUCUUGAUGCGACUAACUAUAUCAAUAUUGAUUCCUCGCCGUCAUCUGGAGUUUCCAAUAUAUAUCUGCAGCCCAUUCUGGCCGGGCGACACAUCUUUUCUGUAUGUUUCCGGAGAGCUUUGAACUUCAUUGAUAAUAGAGAAUCUCGUUACAAUACUAGCUGCUUUCUUGGGCUGGUACCUGAACUCUUGGACAUCAUUCUGAGGUUUCUUGAUGCGAAGACACUAUUAAACCUUGCAGCUACUUGUCUGUACCUCCAUGAUUUUGUUAAUCAUCACCGCUACUUGGAAAGCUAAGCCGAAAAACAGCAGCAGGAUUGACAUUCACUGCCAUCAUGUCCAGAAGCCUGUGCGCUGUGAAUCUAAUUGUACUCAGUCUUUGCGUUCGAUGUGCGGGAAACAGCGGGCUCGCUGAACCAUAUGGCCUGCCGCUAUGCCAAGAUGGUAGUACUGCACUCUUUGGCUGCGAUAUGCCAAGUUCAUUAUGGUUGAGUACUUCUUGCUACGUGCUAUGCUGCAUCACUGAGAUUCUUGGACCUCACAUGCUGCUGCUUUUGUGAGAAAGCUGGAAAGUGCUCCCACUUGACGUGGCCAGUUGGUCUUCUGGACCAUCGACUGUUAUAGAGGUUUGUAGUUUUCAAUGUCCAAAAUCGUACUUUGACGGACUUGACACGAUUGAUGGCUAAAUAACACUCCAUUACGAAUUGUAGGCCAACUCAGGCCCUGUAAGUGUAAGUUGUUCACGUUCAAUUCCAUAGUGCCACUGCUCUGAAUUGUGACGAGACAAGGAUGAGUAUGCAUCUUUUCUAUUAUUUCUAUGCAGCUGGCUGCAUAUAUUUAUUUUCAUUUACAUCGUAAUCCUUUUGUCUGUUUUGUUUUUGUGACGACUGUUGACAACCCUGAUUUUCAUACAAGUGAAUGCCCAUUUGUGCUACACAGCUUUGAGUUGCUACUGUGCUACUAUGCACUAUUUUCUUGCAGCAAGGAGUCUGGAUAGUAAAAGUCCACAUGAAAACUGAAUGGUUACUAUUAAAAAUUA